AUGAGAUUCCCCGCCCCCGCCAGCCCCUUCUUCAGGAGAGCAUUCGCCACAAGCGCUUCCAUGAGAGUGCCCCUGCUCGUCACCCCCAAGCAGCUCAAGGAGCUCCCAAAGCAAACCACCCUCCCCCUCGACGCUUCUUGGCACAUGCCCAACUCGCCUCGCUCAGCUGUCGCCGAGUAUCUCCACGGUCCCCGCAUCCCCCAUGCUCGCCGAUUCGACCUGGACGAGGUCGCAGAGCUCUCGGUGGACAAGAACCCUCUGAGCUUGACACACAUGCUGCCUACGAAGGAGAGGUUCCAGAAAGAACUCGAGAAGCUUGGUAUUGAGAAAGAUACCCAUGUAGUGGUCUACGACUCUGUGGGAGUAUUCUCGUCCCCUAGAGCUCUGUAUACAUUCAAAAUUUUCGGCCACGACAAGGUCUCCGUCCUCGAUGGCGGUCUUCCUAGGUGGAUCCAGGAAGGGGGCGAAGUGGAGAUGGGCGACGUCGGAGAUGUCGGCGCGAGCGACUAUGGCAAGAUUGAAUCCUACCACAAGGAUUGGGUUAGAUCCUACGACGAGAUCAACAAGAAUGCUGAAAAGCCCCUCUCUGACCCUUCUACCGAAAUCAUCCUUGACCACCGCCCUGCCCCCCGCUUCACCGGCGCCGCCCCCGAACCCCGGCCCAACCUCCCCUCAGGCCACAUGCCCAACUCUCUCUCCCUUCCCUUUACCCAGUACCUUAACCCGGCUUCUGACAAGGUCCCCUUCUCUUCUUAUAAGCCUGUUGACGAGCUCAAGGCUGUUCUCGUCAAGGGCGUGGGAGGAGAGGAGAGGUGGGGAGAGGUGGAGUGUGGGAAGAAGGUGGUGUUUAGCUGUGGAAGCGGAAUGACGGCUGCCAUAGGGUGGUUGGCGAACGAGCUUGUGAAGGAGGGAGGCAGCAAGGCUGCGACCUCGGCGCUCUACGACGAGUCUUGGACUGGCUACGCCUUGCGAGAGGAAAGCAAGAUCUCCAGGGAAGGUUUCUACCACGAAUAA